CAGCGACGUGUAUUUAAUUCAGCAAGAAAUAUCUGUGCUGCAACCUCCAAACCCAAUUGUACACCACAUGAGCCCGACCGAAGUUCAUCGAUCAAACGUGACCACAGAAAUAUCAGGUUCGAACACCACUGAAAUCUACGAGUACGAGCACAUCCUGUUCCUGCAACGAAUCCAGAUGUAACACAUGAGCUCGCAGUUUCGCCGUAUCUCUCUUCAGCGAACAUAACGGCCGCUACUGGACCGACGGAACUAGACCACGUCGCCGACACGGACCCUCCAGUUUGUCGCCUCCGUCCCCGGCGCGCGCACGUUUCUUGCGUCCCCGCACCAUUUGGGAGCCUUGCACAUCUGCUUCUCUCCAUCCUCCAUUCCUCCACGGACUUGCUCUCUUCCCUGCACCGGCAACCAUGCGGCAGCACCAGCCCAUGCGGCAGCUCCGGACGCCGAUGGACCCGCUGGCCGCGCUCGCCUCGAGCUUCUUCUCGGCCUUCUCGCCGCUGCUGUCUUCGUCGGCGCAGCACCAGCAGCAGGGCUCCACGUUCCUGCUCCUGCCGCUCCCCGUCGCGGCGGCGCGCGCGCUCACCGUGCUCCGCCGGCUCCUGCUUCUCGCCACGCAGGCCUUCAUCUCCCUCUUCUUCAUGUUCCUCUCCGCGCUCGCGCCCGUGCCGCCGCCGCAGCCGCCGGCGCUCGCGCCCACGCUGCCGCGCAUGGAGCCGGGGUCCCCGGCGGGGGACUCCUGCGUGGGCCGCGCGCUCGCGCACGUGCUCUCCGUGGCGUCGAGGCUCCCCGUGGCCUCCCGCAAGUACGAGCUGGUGCGCGGCCUCGCGGAGCGGCUGCUCGACGACAACGUGCGCGCCGGUGGCGCGCGGGUCGGCGCCGUGAACCGGGCCGCGCUCUCCGGCGCGUUCGCGCGCACGCUGCGGCAGCUGGAGUCCGCCGCUGGAGGGGAGUGGCCCGGCAUGGAGCUGGCCGUGCGCGCGGUGCGGGCGGGGAUGCGGUGGUGGAGGCCGACCGCGUCGUCGUCGCUGGACGAGGGGUUCGGCGGGCCCGCGGCCGAGAAGCUGGCCGCCGAGCUGCUGUGGCUCGGGCAGAAGAUGGCCGAGUGCGGCGCGGCGCGCGAGGCCGUGGCGCAGUUCGGCGACGCCGCGAGGCUCGGAAGCCGCGCGCUCGUCGCCGAACCGGCGCUCCAGGUCUCGCUGCUCCGGCUUGCCGUGUUUUUGUUCAAGCACGCCAACUCGAGGGAGUUCGAAGAGGGUGCCGACGGGAAGGACAUGAGCGCGGUUGCCGAGCAGCGGAUGGCGAUGCUGCGGUCGUGGCUGCCGCUGCUGUGUCGCGGCAGCACCGGCACAGACGCGCCGGUGCUGACCGGCCGGGAGCGAGCGGAGAUGGUGACCGUGCUGGAGGACCUGAUCGACAAGCUCAGCUGGGAGCAGCGGGAGGAAGUCCUCUCGCUCUGGCUGCACCACUUCGCCUCCUGCCCCGACACCGACUGGCCCAACCUCGAGAGCUGCUACACGCGCUGGUACGCCGAGGCGCGCAGGCUGCUCGCGUAGCGCGUCAACUCAACUGCGCGCGGGAUGGAUGAAAUCAUGUACAUAACUCCGUAGAAGCGCUUGUGUAUAUAUGUAUGCGCUAUAGCAAAAUGGAAAAAAGUUCAUAGACAUUUGACUUCAAUCACAUUAUGGAAAUGUGUAAUACUACUUUGAAUGCAGAGGUCAUGCAUGCACUUAUCAGAACACAAGGUAUUGCGCAAUACACCAGACUUUAUUCCUCCAAAGAAUUGGGCUGUAACAACAAUGAAAAACAAAGGCUGAAACGGUGAAUGUGCUUAUUCUAA